AUGACGAGGGGUGGCCGUGCCCACCAGGCCUUUGUGACCCGCGCUGGCAUCAUGCCUGGAGGCCAUUGUGACACAGGCCCGUGCGGUGACCCGGAGGGCUCUUGUGGGGCCAAACCCCUGGCAUUGCCACUCCCAGGAGAGCAGCUCUCUGAGGAGGCAGCAGCUCUCUCUCUCACGAGGCAGCAGCUCCUCAAGAGGAAGCAGCUUUCUUGGGUGCCUUUGGCCAGUGUUCGUCAGAGCACCGCCAAAAUGUCAAAGAGACAGGAGGCGAACGCCCACUGCCAGUCCCGUGAGGGGCAGCCGCUGCUGUCCAAGCGGCAACAGGUGCCCCAGAGGCUGCCGCAGGCAGCAGCGGAUGUCACGUUGGUGACCAUCAUGCCCCUCCACGGGGACAGACUGGCUCCCAGACAGGGCACCUCACGGACACCAACAGGACAGAGAACAAAGGAGGCCAGCCUGGAGAGGGGGCAUUCUCUGCCCCACAGUGGCACCGUCACACGGACACAAAUAUUGUCCGUGUCAGACUUGCCGCCUCUCCACGGCCCUCCACUGACAGUGACACCUCCAUGCUGGUUCAGGCCUGAAAUGCCAAAAUCAGCCUCGACAAGGGUCAAGCUGCCCCCUCUGCCAGCAGCCCCAGCAGCCUCGGCGUCUUCUCCCAAACGCAGAGCACAGUCUGCAGACCCUGUCAGCAGCCGCAGCCGAGAGCUUGUGACACCUUCUCCAUGGGGCUCUCUGGCUGCUGACAGGGCCCAGGUAACACCUUCCCCGCCCAGCUCAGCUGAACGGCUCUGGCAAGGGUCAGUGGCAGGGCAGGGCCAUCGCCUGCCCCCCCUGCGAGGUGCAGGUGUUGUGCCGCUGCACACAGGGACCCAGCCUGCCUGGGAGCACCUGGGGCACAGCGAGACGGAGGAGCUCUCUGAGGUGCAGGGAGAGCACGGUGGCAAAACGUCCAGAGACCUGCUUAGAGGCCGUGCCCCGUGCCUGUGGGAAGAUACAUCCAUCAAGUCCACUGGCACCCAGGAGCACUCAUGUGUCUGCCAGGAGGCGGAUUCUAAGGCCCAAGUGCUCCCCAGCACUCCCGGCUUGACCGAAGGCUCCACAGGAGAGACGGGAAACUCCUCUGAGCUCAUGUCUCCUGGCCUGAUUGCAGAGCUGUGCUCUCCCUCUGACAACUCGUGGGUCGGGAACACUUUGCUAAAGGACCCGGAGAAGUGCGAGGAAGAAGAGUUUGCAGACACAGAGGCUGCAGGAGACGAAGACAGAGACUCCCAGAGUGUGUCACUGGCCCCACUGAAAGUGGAAAAGGCAGAGGCAGAAGCUUCUGCCCUGGCCGGAGAUCCCUGGGAGGAGGGGCCCAGUGAGCUUUUCCCCAUCACAGAGCCCGAGGAAACCUCAGGCUUCUCAGGUUCCUCUUCAUCUGGAGACCCCUCUGAGAGGAAGGGAACUCAUCGGCCAGCAGAGCAAAGCGCCCAGGGCAAACUGCCGUGCACGGAGACUGAGGAGGCUUCAAAGCACCUUCUGCAUAUCACAGCAGAGGAGCUGGAGGAGUUGGAGGAAGACAUCCUCUCCUCAGUGGAUCAAGAAAGCCCCUUGGUGCCGCACAGCAUUUGCAGCUGGGGCAAAGACUGUGCAGGAGAGACUGAACACCACUCACAGCUCGUGCCUCCUGACCUGUUUGAAGAGCUGUGGUCUCUCUUUAACAACAAGGACGUGCCAUGCUGGGACACUCGUGUAGACCAGUUGCUGGAAAAGUGGGAGGAAGAAGAGCUCCCUGACAGAGACACAGCAGGAGAGGGGGACAGUGAGCCAGAGAGUGAACUGUGUCUCCCCCUGCACGAUGAAGAAGCGGAGCCAGCAGGUUCUCCUCUGGUCACUGAUCCCUGUGAUGAGGGGCACAGCGAGGCUCUCCUCAGGGCACCACCCGAAGAGGCAAAGGCGUCGGCUUGUGUCUCGACUGCAAAUCCCAUGGAGGAAGCCGAUGCAGCAUGCAUGGAAGCUAUCUGUUCUCAGGCCAGCCUUGCCCAGGAAAAUCCCUGUGGGGCUGAGGCAAUGCCAAGAGCUUGCCCUGUGCCUGCCCAGCCCCCGACAUGCAGUGUUCCUUCGUCCCCCACUGACAGGCCCACUGUCCCACAGCCCCCGGCCCCACGGCGAUGGCGCUCCAUCGUCAGGGGGGCCCGGCGGGCACUGAGGCGGCUUUUCUCCUUCAGCUGCCUCAGGGGACAACCAGAGGAGUGAGCCCGGCUGCUGGCACCAGGCAGAUCUCAAGAGAUGGCUGCUCACCCUCAUGCUAUCAAGCUCCCAGAGUUAAAGAAACAGGAGGCUUGUAGCGGGUGCACUGACGCAUGGUUGGAUGGAUCAACCGACAGCGUCCGCGUUAGGAGGUGAGAAAUCCUCUGUGGACCUCUGCAUUGCAGGCAAAGGAAGGCACACGCAUCCUCCUUUCGUAUGUCAUUUAAGAAAAGGCAUCCCUGGAUCCCCACAACAUGGACUGGAGAAAAGGUAAGGGCUAACCCAGGAAGAAUCUGAGGCCCCCAUCUCUGCCUCCACAAGAACCACUAGGCCUCUUCACCGUCAAGAAGCACAUUGUGACCAAGGACCGACAAGUCGCUGCUGGAGCUUGCAUGGUGUCUCUCCUCUGCUUGAUUUCUCCACUUCCUUUGUGCACUUCUGUGGAUGAUACAACUGUCCCUGAAAAGGGCCCCUGGGAUCUUGUGCACUGAGACAAUGAAACCUUUCAUGAGUGAUGCCCGCCCCCCAACCCCUACAAAAACCCCUGUUAUAUUUUAGGAUUUCUAUUGGUCUUUUACUUUACUAGAUGAUUGGUCUUUUCUCACUGAGAAUCUUAAAGUAAUUGGAUAGUUUUUAUCUUACAAUUUUACUGGUUAGAAAUUCAAUCCCCCUGAAAUCUAGAAAGACCCCUUACUAUGCUACGUAAUUGGAUUUUGCUGGUAGAACCCUUCAAAAAAAUAAAGCUACCUUCAGAACUUCU